AUGGCAUCCACCAUCAUGGCCGCCGCCUCCCGCGCCGUCGUCGCCAAGACGCCGUUCCUCAGCGGCCAGGGCCGCGCCGCAGGCGCCAGCCCCCUGCGCGACAUCGCCGCCGCGGCCAACGGCAGAAUCACCAUGGGCAACGACUUGUGGUACGGCCCGGACCGCGUCAAGUACCUGGGGCCCUUCUCCGCGCAGACGCCGUCCUACCUGAACGGCGAGUUCCCGGGCGACUACGGCUGGGACACCGCCGGGCUUUCCGCCGACCCGGAGGCGUUCGCUAGGAACAGGGCGCUGGAGGUGAUCCACGGGCGGUGGGCGAUGCUCGGCGCUCUUGGGUGCGUCUUCCCCGAGGUGCUCCAGAAGUGGGUGGGCGUCGAGUUCAAGGAGCCCGUCUGGUUCAAGGCCGGCUCGCAGAUCUUCUCCGAGGGUGGCCUCGACUACCUUGGGAACCCCAACCUCGUCCACGCGCAGAGCAUCCUUGCCGUGCUGGGCUUCCAGGUCCUUCUCAUGGGCCUGGUCGAAGGGUUCCGCAUCAAUGGUCUCGACGGUGUCGGCGAGGGCAACGACCUCUACCCCGGCGGCCAGUACUUCGACCCGCUCGGCCUUGCCGACGACCCUGUCACCUUCGCUGAGCUCAAGGUGAAGGAGAUCAAGAAUGGCCGUCUCGCCAUGUUCUCCAUGUUUGGGUUCUUCGUCCAAGCUAUCGUCACCGGCAAGGGCCCAUUGGAGAACCUGUUCGACCACCUCGACGACCCUGUCGCCAACAAUGCAUGGGUUUUCGCCACCAAGUUUGCGCCUGGAUCUUAG